AUGCCUGUUAUCACAUUCUCUGAUGAGGAUUUCCACGCUCCGGAUCCUGAUCAGGACAACCCGAUGGUGAUCACUGCGAUGAUCGCCCGGUACCAGAUAGGGAAGAUCUUGAUCGACCAGGGGAGCUCAGCCAAUAUACUAUAUUGGAAAACUUUCAAGCAAAUGGAUGUGUCGGAGGAAGCCAUUAUGCCUUUACAUGAGCAAAUUGUUGGAUUCGCGGGUGAAAGGGUGGAUACUAAGGGCUAUAUUGAUCUACCGGUCAACUUAGGGAUGGAGAAAACGACAAAGGAAUUGAAGGUUCGUUUUCUCUUAAUAGAAGCGGAUACAUCUUAUAAUGUUCUACUAGGUCGUCCGUGUCUGAAUGCUUUUGGUGCCAUCGUUUCUACUCCCCAUUUGGUGUUGAAGUAUCCAUCUGAUAAUGAAAGAGUAUGCACAAUUAGGGCGAACCAAAAUAUGGCAAGGGAAUGUUAUGCUGCGGCAUUAAAGGUAAAGCCUCGAAUUUCCAAACAGACAACAGAAGGAUCGGUAGUAGAGAUGGCAGAAUUGGAUCCUAGGGCAAAUACUGAAGAUCGGAUAGAACCGAUGGGGGGAUACCCAACUGUUCAUCAUGGGAGGGAGCAAGGACCAGCUGAUAUGCCAGGGAUACAUCCGGACGUCAUCUCCCAUAAGUUGUCUUUGUUUAAAGAUGUGCGACCGGCUGCACAAAAGAAAAGGAGGUUAGAGUUGGAAAAAAGAGAAGUAGUGGAUGAGGAGGUAGGGAAACUGCUAAAAGCUGGGUUUAUACAAGAAGUAAAGUACACAACUUGGCUGGCCAACGUGGUAAUGGUGAAAAAGUCUAACGAUAAGUGGAGGAUGUGUACGGACUUUACCGACUUAAACAAGGCAUGUCCCAAGGACACGUAUCCUCUCCCGAGUAUUGAUGGACUGGUGGAUGGGGUUUCGAGGUAUGAAGUUCUUAGCUUUUUAGACGCAUAUUCGGGAUAUAACCAAAUCCCUAUGUACCGUCCGGAUAGCGAAAACACUGCCUUCAUUACUGAAUGA